GUCUUGUACAUAUUUCGUUUUAUUUCACGAGUGUUACAUCAUUACAUGUAAGCAAUGCAAAAUCUAUAAAUAGGCGAGACAGCAAGCCAUCCUAUUGCAUUGCCCUCCCGAAAAACAUGAGAUGAGUACAAAUUCCUGCCCCUAAUCCUCCACAAACUGUUGUCCCAAGCACCAAGCAAAUUCUGGGGUACCAGAAGAAAACAACAAGAAAAACAAAGAGGAAAAAAAAAAUUGGUGAAGAAAUUGAAAAAAUGUUGCUGGAAAGGUGAAAUUUGAGCAGGAGAAGAGGAACCCAUUUGAAUCAGUGAGUUGCAGAUCACUGCAAACAAUGUCUGACAAUGGAGACCCUGAGAAAAAAGGUGGGGUCUGGGAUUUGGAUAAGCAGCUUGACCAGCCAAUGGACGAGGAGGCUAAAACGGUCAGAAAUGUGUGCGGGGACCAGACGUAUUGUUCAGUGGGAACGGUUCUACAGCUUGCAUUUCAAAGCCUUGGUGUGGUCUAUGGAGAUUUGGGCACAUCCCCUUUGUAUGUUUUCAAAAAUAUAUUUCCUGCAGGAAUCGAUGCCCCGGAAGAUUUACUCGGAGCUUUAUCGGUCAUCAUAUAUUCCCUCACUCUUAUCGUACUCGUGAAGUAUGUUCUUAUUGUCUGUAGAGCGAAUGACAACGGUCAAGGUGGAACAUUUGCUCUUUAUUCAUUACUCUGUCGACAUGCAAAAAUAAAGACCGUUCCUAACCAAGACCAAAGUGAUGAGGAGCUAACAACAUUUAGCCGUUCUACAUUUGGUGAGAAAUCAUUUUCUGAAUGCACCAAGCGAUGGUUGGAAGGACAUGCAGUCAUGCGGAACAUACUUCUUAUUCUUGUCCUGGUUGGCUCUUGCGCUGUGAUAGGGGAUGGGAUUCUUACUCCAGCCAUAUCAGUUCUGUCAGCGGUCGGUGGGAUCAAUGCGGGACGGUCCCAGAUUAGUAAUGACGUAGUUGUACUUGUUUCUGUUGGUAUACUGGUACUUUUGUUUAUCGUGCAACAAUUUGGUCCGGAGAAAGUUGGUUGGCUGUUUGCACCAGUUGUGCUCCUUUGGUUUCUCGUAAUUGGAGGAAUCGGCAUCUUCAACAUCUGGAAAUAUGAUACUAGCGUUUUGAAAGCUUUUUCACCCAUGUAUGUGUAUGUAUACUUUAAGAAGGGAGGUAUAACUGGGUGGGCAUCGCUAGGUGGUAUCGUGCUUUGUAUAAACGGAACCGAAACACUUUUUGCCGAUGUAUCGCAUUUCCCAGUCCUGUCCAUACAGAUUGCUUUCACUGUAGUUGUAUUUCCUUGCCUUCUUUUAGCCUACUCUGGUCAAGCUGCCUACCUCAUGAAAAACCGAGAUCACGUAAUAGAUGCCUUUCAUUACUCUAUUCCAGGAAGACCACUUCCUUGUCUAGUUGGAACAUCCACUCCUGCCAGCUCUGUCUAUGACUCUCUCGAGAAGCGGACACCAUGA